CUUCUGUCCCGCUCUUUUGGCCACUUCUGCUCGAGAACAAUAAGCUCUGUUCCUCUUUCUCUUUAUCUCAAGUGAAGACAAGAAGAUGUCGAGUCCUAUAACAUUGGUUGGGACCGUUUCGAGGUCAUGGAUCGCAAGGGGUCUAUCUCGACACCUUUCCUCGACCGCUGCCACCGUUCCAGCAGCAGAAGAUGGUCCAGUGUGGCUUCAAGGAAUAAGACAACAUAACAUUGACUAAAGCCAACCACCAAGAUGUCCACUCCUCGACGACCAACUGCGAGGACACAGGACACACCUGUGACCAACCCUCCUGUGCCUCCCCCCCCUGAGCUUGUCCCGGAUGAGCCGUACGUCCCAUCAAGGCUUAGAUCGAACAAGGUACUGAGGGGGCUUUUAAACGCCUUCAUCUUGGCCCUCUAUGGCUAUGGUGUUCACCAGUUUGCGACCUGGUACUCGGAAUACGACUACUGGCUAUACUGGUUCAUCGUACUGGCAACCUGGCGCUACGCCCGUUUCAUUCUCAACUGCAUUGGUUGGGUUCUGUAUAAGCCAGCCCCCGUUCCCAAGAACCCCACGUACACCCCCAACCGACAUGUCACAGUCAUCCUGCCUACCAUCGACCCUACAGGCGUUGACUUUCAGGAAUGCAUCAGCACCUGCGCCCAAAACGAGCCUUCUCAGAUCAUUGUCAUCACGGCCGGUGACGAGCUGCUUGUCAAGACAGAGAAGGCAGUCGAGAAGUACAUCAAGCUUUAUCCCAAGACCAAUUUCAUCGUGGACCGUGCCCUGAUUGCCAGCAAGAGAGCUCAAGUUGCUGUGGCGGUGCCGCUGGUCUCAACCGCCAUCACCGUCAUGCUCGACGACCACGUCUUCUGGAAGAAGGAUUUCCUCAAGGCGCUCCUAGCGCCGUUUGAGGAUCCAGAGAUUGGUUUGGUGGGAACAAACAAGAAAGUCCGCCGGUUGCCGAACCUGUCGGUUUGGCGGCGUUUCUGGAACAUGCUGGGGGCGACCUAUCUUUACCGCCACAACUUCGAGGUCAGAUCGGCCAACUACUGGGACGGGGGCGCCUUUGUCAUUUCUGCGCGUACCUGUGCUCUGCGCACCCGUAUCGUUCAGGACCCCGAGUACCUGGCCGGCUACGUCGACGAGCGAUUCUUCUUUGGGCUCUGUGGGCCUCUCAACCCGGACGAUGACAACUACAACACCAGAUUUGCCGUGCGCAAGGGCUGGCGCAUCAAGUUCCAGUACACCGACGACGCCGAAAUUGAGACAACUGUUGGCGUGGCCGAUCCCGUCCACAAGAAGUUCCUGGGGCAGUGCACGCGCUGGGCCCGCACCACCUGGAGGUCAAACCCUUGCUCUCUGUUCACUGAUGGCAGCGUUUGGGCAUUUCAACCCUACUGCGUCUAUGCUGUCUACCUCACCUCCUUCACAAACUUUGCUUUGUUUACCGAUGCCGCCCUCGUUGCCCUCUACAACUGGAGCAAGCAAGCCACCAGUCAAGGCAUAUGGGCCUUGAUUAUUUGGAUACUUUUUGUCAAGUUUGUCAAGGUCUUUGAGUAUUACAAGCGUCACCCCAGUGACUGGUGGACUUUCCCAUUCUAUGUCGCUUUUGCCUAUUACCACAGCCUCAUUAAGCUCUGGGCGCUGUUGACGUUUUGGGACCACGCCUGGACUGGGCGCAACCUCGGAGCCAUCAAAACCCAGGCCAACCCAGCCGGGACAGAAGCGGGAGCCACAGCUGGACCGGCGGCAGUGGCCGCGCGACUGCAGCGUAGCAUGUCCGUGAGUAGUAUGACUAGCAGUCUUGCGCAAGAGAAGGAAGGUCUGCGCAGCGGCACCGCUUGGAUAUCAAACCUGGGAAGUACCGCCCGGCUUCACAAGAGCCAAACGAUCUUUUGUGGGAGCCAGGUCGGUCUGCUUGACAAUCUCAAGAUUGUAGGCAGUCACAUGGAGAAGUCUCGUGAUGCCCAAGUCAGGAUUCUUGGUCAACAAGAUAUUGUCUUCAAUGAGGUGCAAAGGCUGAUUGCGGAGGCCGACUCCAUCGAGAAGCAAUAUGAAACGAUGAACGACAACGAGACGAGAAAUCAGGAAGCCUUGAUCCGUCUUCGCGGCCAGAUGCUCCGAUUGGAGCAGAGGCACGGAGAGCUCAUCCGUAUCGCCGGCCUGACCGCCACGUCGCCCGCACUCACUCCAGCAGCUGCCAAGGCCUUCAAGGUGGCAAGUCGGCACCACACAGGGGGUGGCAGAGCCUCACCACCUACAGAAGAUCCUGAAAGCAUCGAGAGACCAUCCUUUUUUACUGGGGUGAGGGGAGUGCACUUCAGUAGGUCUACUGUCGGCGGGGCCAGUGACGACGGCUUUGGUCCUGGCAGGACAGGUGCUGACGGCUCCGGGAGUAACGAGUCCACUCCACGUCCGAUCGUUCCCGACAAUUUCAAGGACAGCUUCCCACCGGAUACCAAGAAGAGUACUGGGGACACCGACUCACUUAUCGCGAAUUUGAACAUUCCCACUAUUGGUACACAACAUUUUGUGCCUCCCUCUGAGAAAAAGGGAGGACAGCCCGCCGCCGCCAAGGGCUUUUCCCCCCCAACUCAGGCCGAAAAGCCGAUUGACGAAUUCUCCCCCGUCCCGCAGCCAAGAAACUCACCUUCAGGUUUCACCCCGAAGUCAGACCUCGAAAGCACCACCCCCGGAGAAGAUUCCGCCGCCACGGAUAGCAAGAAGAGCUCGGGUUCGGACUCGACCCGUUCGCCGGCACAGACGCCGACCCGCCCGCCAGGCGGUAGAAGAGUUUCCAAAGAGCAGAACAAAAGCAACACCUGAGAGCAACCCGUUGUUGAAAGAGGAGCUCGAGCAGCAGAACCAUGAGGAUUCUAUGAGAAGGUUUUAUGAGAUGCUUGGCGAGAGCAAGGGGAGAUAUGGUUGGGCUGGGAAUCGAAAGGAUAGGGAAUCGGAUGGGUUGGGAAUCGGACGGGGUGGGAAUUGGAUGGGCUGGGAAUCGGAUGCAUAUAUGGAUAUGGGAAUGGGACAAGGAAAAGGAAUGGCAAAAUAAAAGAAAAUGGAAAAGGAAAGAUGGCAAAGCCUCACGGCGGCAAAGAAGGGAAGGGGGGUCACUUCUUGGGAUUCAGGGUUUUACACGGUUAAACUUGGCGUUGGGGUGGGUUUGGCACGAGCUCAAUAUUCUUUGGGCUUUAUCAGCGUAGUUGCAGCCUUUUCAGUAGCAUUUCAAUUGAAAGGGUUAGCGCAAGACAUGCUCACUGGAUGCAUUUACAGCGACGUCACGAGCAGCCA